AUGAUGAUGGUCUAUUCCGCACCAAAGCCCCAGAAGCAGCCCCUUUCGUUGGCAGGGUACCUUAGCACGGUCCUGAAAGCAGAGUCAGUCAAGGUGGGGUCGUAUCUCGGGGAAGACUUGACUGCAUUCGCGCAACGUAAGGCUAAGGUCCUGGGGGAGUCAGCAACGGAAGAACAGGAAGAAAAGGUGGAAAGGGAGAUAAUGGAGUUCUUCCAGGAGAAGAGAGUGAAAGAGAAGGACGUGCUGGCAAAGCAUCCGGAAUGGGCGAACAAGAAGGACAGGAUGGGCCUGAUGCAGAUGCCUGCUGGCAGGGGGGGCUGGAGGCCGCAGUAUGGCAGAGGGUUCGGGGCCGGAUUCCCACCUAGGUUCGCAGGACCAAGGAUGGAGUCGCCGUUUGUCCCCAGAAUGAAGGAAAAGAAGGAGAGAGACAGUAGAAAUGAACCACAGAGACAGGAGCAGAGAACAGAGCAAAAGGAAACGGUGAAGAUAGGCCUAGAGUCGGUGAAAGGAACGGAAGUAGAACGGGAAAAGGACUAUCGGACAGAUAGACAGACGGGCGAAUUGGAGAGGGGUAAGAGUGGAAAACUAGAAGCGGGACAAAAGUCUGAGUCAGAUGAAGAAGAGGAUGACGAAAAUCCGGGGGCGGAAGAACCAGACGGUGCACACGAUGAAGAUCUGAUAGAGACGAGCCAGGACCCGCUGACCGGGACGAAGACGGAACCGGAGCAUGUGCGCAGCUGGGUCCAGACGGCUAUCCGGAUCCAAACACGAGUAAGCUCCGCGCCCAAUCCUCAAGAUCAACGAGACAGAAUCAAAGAACUCCUGGAAGUGAUGCAGUCUAAGCCGGAUGAUCCUGACGCCGAAUUAGAAACCCAAACAGAAGAAUUACUGAAGAAUCUCCCGGAGAAGAUCCCAAACCAUGAAGCCUUUGAAGCUGCAAGUUUUCAAACGUUCUGGCCCGCCUGGGACGAGUUACUGAGAAAGACGGGCAGAAAGUCAGCGAGGAUGGUCUUGGGGUGGUUAAAACAUGGGUUUAGGCCCAGGUUUAGCGGUGUGUCGAAAGCGAAACCAGAAAAACGGAAGGUGGUUGAAGAAAUGCUCAGAAGGCUGAUUGGGGCGGAGCAUCUACACGAAUUUCUAACCGGAAGAAAACCGCACCGGAUCGAAUUCCCAAACCAUGCCUCCUUCUACCGUGAGUGGGAAUUCUCAAAGGGGGAGAUCGAAAAGAACCUCAGGUCGGGAGCGAUCGCAGUCUGGAAACGAGAGUGGGGAGAACCCGAGGUAGUGAGCCCAAUGGGAGUAGUCGAUUCAGCCGGGAAGCUCCGACUGAUAUGCAACGAUCGCUACCUGAAUCUAUUCCUGACUUCCAUCCCGUUCCAAUACGAGAAACUUCGAGACGUUCUGAAUUUCACCGACCAAGGGAGCUACGUCAGCACUGCAGAUCUGAAAUCCGGCUACUUUCACGUGCCGGUCCAUCCCGCCUAUUGGAAGUAUUUCGCUUUCAAGGUCGGGGGAGUUACCUUCUGCUACAAAGUUUUGUGUUUCGGUUUCGCUCAAGCCUGUUACGUCUUCACAAAGCUGGUACCUGAUCAGAUGGCAAAGUGGCUCGGGUUCAUAGUAGACACGAACCUGACAGAGUUUAGGCUUCACCCGAAGAAGAUCCAGAAGAUAAAGGACGCCAUGGAAGAAUUGAUAACCUCAACGAGCACGACGUCCCGAGCUAUAGCCAGAGCGGCAGGAAUCUUGGUCUCAGCGGCGCCGGCAGUCUUGCCGGUCGCGAUCUACAGCAGAGCGCUUUACGAAGCUUUGAAUGGAAAGGAAGGAUGGGAUUCGCACUUCCCAACGCCAGAGAUCGUGAAGGAGACCGCCUCGUUCUGGGUGCAAAACAUAGAGCGGUUCAAUGGCAGAAGAUGGUGGCCUAGGCCGGUUCAAAUCCGUAUCUGUGUUGACGCGUCGGCGGUCGGUUUUGGGGGUUAUGCAGAAACUCCAUCAAGGGAGCGGCUCACAAUAGCUGGAACGUUCACCGCUGACCAAGCAAAAACUUCUAGCACAGAACGAGAAAUCAUGGGAUACGUGGAGGCCAUCAAAACGGUUGCUGAAAACAGAGCGGAAGAGGUUAAAGGAACUUCGAUCCUGGUAACCGGGGAUAACCAAGCUGCGGUCGGGGCCAUCAACGGGUUCAGAAGUUCCAAACCUUUCAUCGUCUCCAACCUGAAAGUGCUAUUAGAGGCGGCCGCAGAAGGAGACUUUGACGUCCGGGCGAGAUGGGUUCCGAGGAAUGAAUUAACCCAGGCGGACGCGCUCUCCCGCAAACCAGACCCAGGAGAUUGGACGUUAACGGAACCAAUCUUCCAACUAGUGAAGCAGACUUUCGGAGUCGAACCUGACAUAGAUCUGUACGCAUCGGGUCAGUUUCAUAAAGCCAAGCGAUUCGUGACCAAAUACUACUGUCCCGGGUGUACGGCGGUUCAUGCCAAUGCACAAGACUGGAACGAGAUCGUCGAACCAAGGGAGUGGGCCUGGGCCUUCCCGCCGCCAGGCCUCGCGAUUCAAGCCCUGAAAAGACUAGAGCUCUUCAAGGUUAACGCACUCGUCUGUGUCCCGGCACCAAAAGGAUCAAUGGUAGACAUAGUGUUGGGGAGACUACAAGGAGCUCGAGUGGAAGGGCCGAUACUGAUUCCGAAAUCAGCGGCCAGCUGCUUACCAAGCCUCAGAGUUCCUAACGGAACACUUAAUCCUGCUUUCUUAGGCUUGGCAGUUUACAGCAUCCAAUGGCACAAGACUUAA